GAACAAUCCCGACAACUUGAGCCAUGCGUCGAAGACCUUCCAAGCCCAGCCCUUUGGACGAGGAUGAGCGUGAUGCGAUCCGGAUCCGAUCUCCCGGUGCCCUGGGAUGGCGCUUAGAGCCCCCAUGCUAUACACUCGAGGGACCGAGCCCAAAGAGCCCAUGGCCAAAGCUCCUGGGCGAUGAGACGUGCUUCAGGACCUCCUCGAAGAGGAGGGGUCGAUGCAUGUCGCAGCCGGCCGCCACCUUCCAUCAACCCACGAGUCCCAUAAGUCCCACACCGAGUCCUCCCAGUCGACUGAAACGCACCGGCUCUGCUGGCUUUGCGUGUGUGGAGCUACCCACGCUGCGGCCUACGAGUCCCCAGAGCCCACCUAGAGAGCCAGGGGCACGGCGGGCCUCCUUUGGGGACUAUGAGGAUGCCUGCGCCAAGCUUGGGCUUUUGCCCAAAUUCGCUCGCGCCGUGCAGGAGAGAAGAUGUAAAGACACGUUGGAACUCAGCGGUUUGGGCUUUGGAGAUGCGCAACUUCAAGCAAUGCUGGGUGAUCGGCAGUUGCUGCCCUUGGCCAACGUCACGCGCUUCCGCGUGCGCGAUGCGCGCCUCACCGGCGAAGGGGUGGAGGCCUUGGUGUCCAAGUUGCCCGCGCAGACGGAGAUCGUGGAUUUGACUCACAAUGAGACCGCUUUGCGGGGCAGUGUGGCAUUCAGCCAACGCAUGCAGCGCAGGCUUUUGCCUCAACUCCGUUGGUUGGAUUUGUCCAUGAACAACCUGCGUGACGCCGCCAUCCAGCCCUUGGCCUUUGGUUUGCUGUGUUGUCCUUUGCUCAUCCGCUUGGAGUUAAAUCACAACUUCCUCGAGGAAGGCCAAGCCUUGGGAGACCUGGUGGCCAGCCAUCCGCGUUUGAUGCGCUUGUCACUCCACGGCAACGCGCUGAACUCCCUCGGCGGCGCUCAGCUCUUCGAGGGGCUGGCGACCAAUGCACGCCAAGAUGGCCAGCUCUCAGAUUUGGACGUCGCCUGGAACCACUUGGAUGCUUCUCCCAGCGUGUCUGCUCCGUCCGCGGCCGCCGCGCUGGCGCUGGCAGAGGUGUUGCGCAUUUCAGUCACGCUUUAUCAUUUGGAUCUGAGUUACAAUAACUUGGGCCCGACCAGCUGUGAGAUCAUCGCAGAGGGCUUGAGGGACAACCAUUUCCUCUAUGGCUUGCACAUGGUGGGCAACGCUGCAACGAUGGAUGCGGACGGAUUCUUAUGCCCGGCACUGGAGAGCCCCAAGGCCUCGAGGAGCUUCUCCACACCCUCCGAGCUGGUGCCACCCACGGAGCAGCACCUGGCGCGACAGGGCAUGGAUGGCCGGCUCGGUGCCAAAGCAGUGGACUACAUCGGACAUGGGGAUCAUCGGCGAUCGACGGCGACAGAUGAAGAGGUCCUACGGGAACGCGAUGUCUUGGAGCAACAGACCACCUGCUGGGCGUGCGAAGGCUGGGAGCGCUUGGAACUGCGCUGGGCCGUACUUGAUGGAGAGCCCGAACCGAAGGCGGUGUGGGCCUUCACUUCCAUCGAUGGCUUCGUGUCGGCGCUGCGCCUCAAACGGGCCGAGCACGCGGAAGGCGCCACGAAAGGUGCUCACUUUGCCGCGGCGCGUAUGGUGCCUCGUGAGUGCAAAGUUCUUGGCAUUUUCCAGGUGGACAGUGCCCUGCGCGUCGCUCCUGGUGCCACCGAAGUGCUCGAAGCGCCGGUGGAGAUCGAGCUCCGUGCCUGCGAGGAACUGCCGAUCUUAGAGCCUUUGGAGAAGGACAUCGCUUCCAAGGAGGUGGUGAAGAAGGGAGGCAACUAUGAGCACCGCUUGAUCUUAAGGAUGCAGGAGGCCAAUGUGCUUUCCAGGCCGGCCACGCGUGGCCCCCUCCCUUCCUCGCGGAGCGUCCUGCUCGACGGACCCGGAGGGCCCGUACAAAUGCCCCGCAUCACCGAGCGGGAGUUUCGCAUGAAGACGAAAGUCCCCAGAGGGGUUCCCUUCUACGCGGAUUGGCAAAGCGAUGACGAAAAGCUCGAGGAGUGCUUCCUCUUGGAUUGGUCACGGGCCAAAGUGGCCCGCAUCGUCGGAAAAUGCAGCGAGAUCGACCAGAAACACACCGAAGAGCUGGUGCUCAGCAACUAUCGCAGCCUCGUGGCGCUCUACCGCGAGCUGGGCGACGGCUUCGGUGUGACCCAGCUCGAGGCUUCAGCGUUGCUGAUGCAAGCGGGACUGGUGGAUGAGAACACCAGGGUGGCCGACAUCGACCGAUGCUUCAUUGCUGCAAAGGUUCUACCUUCCCAGCUCCGCAAAGCGGGGGCGGCCCUGCUCGGCGAAAAGGUUUUGAGUCGGCAUCAGUUCCUGGAGUUCUUGCUCCGUGUGGCAGACCAACGCUUCCUGCAGCGAGGCCGUUCCGCUGGUAUGGCCGAUGCCAUGAGUCAAAUGAUGGCAGCCUUAGCACCGGUGGCCGAGGCGAAGAUGGCCGAGUUGGACCGCUUCCAUGAGGCAUUCCACAGCGACGAGGUGGAUGAUGUCAUCAAGAAGCAUCACAGCACCCUUCAGGAGCUUUACCGGCGCUACAGCGGCCGCACGACUGUGCCCGGGGCCGCUCGCUUCAUGUCCUUGGGUGAGUUCCAGGACUUCCUGGAGGCGUCCAAGUCCUACAACUCCGACUUCGUGCCGAGGAGGUGUGGCGUGGCCUUUCGCUUGGGGAUGAUGACACAGCCGGAGGAGGUCUUUCGCAGCCGCUUUCAGGAGAUGAAUUUUCUAGAGUUUCAGCACGCGGUCGGCAUGGUGACCCUUCUCCGCUCUGGCAGCGCGACGUCGACGACGCAGCACGAUGCGUCGACGCUGCCGCAGCCGGCUCGCGUGGCGGAGCUGGUGGAAUCCUUCAUCCUGCAAAAGUUGGCGCCUCUCACGAACCACCGGAGGGCCUCGGGCGCAGAGUGGACGACGCAACGCACUUGACGGAACGCAGAGUCCCAGGACGUGGUUCAUGGAGACAACCCCUCCAAAAAGCGAUUCACAGGGCUGCACAAGACACCCAACUGGAGAUAGUGCAAGUAGGUUUUUUGGUUUGUUUUGGAUUGGAC